CUUUGUUCUAAAGGGAAAUGGGUGCUCUUGAUUACCUCUCCAACUUUUGCACUGUCACCAGCACAAGGAGCAAGCGCAAAGCAAUGCAGACAGUGGAGAUCAAAGUCAAAAUGGACUGUGAUGGCUGUGAAAGGAGAGUUAAAAAUGCUGUUACCAACAUGAAAGGUGUAAAAUCUGUGGAGGUGAACCGAAAGCAACACCGGGUAACAGUGAGUGGUUAUGUUGAACCAAACAAGGUGUUGAAGAGAGUGAAGAGUACAGGGAAGAGAGCUGAAUUUUGGCCUUAUAUCCCACAACAUCUGGUACACUAUCCUUAUGCUUCUGGAACCUACGACAGAAGGGCACCAUCCGGCUUCGUUCGAAACGUUGUGCAACCUUUUCCGGCCUCAAAUGCACCCGAGGACAACAUUGUCUCACUCUUCAGUGAUGAUAAUGUGAACGCAUGUUCCAUCAUGUAAAUAUGUUACUGAAA